GCAAAAUUUCCGCUUCAAUUAUCAAUCUGUUUCCGAAUUGACAAAAAGUCAAGAAACACAACAUGCCGGCCUACGUCCCGAAAGACCCAACUGAGGAAGAGGCACUGGAACUUUUCAAAGCGAUCGAGGAGAAAUUCCCCUCAAAAACAGUUGCAAAUGACAAGUGGUAUAUUUUACUGUUCUCUACGAUGGUGGGCGGGGGCCAACCAGGAUUUGCACCUACUCUCUACAAGUAUUUGAUCAAACGGCCCGAGUAUCAAACAUCGGAACAGAGAAAACUCCUCAUGCGACGAAUUCGAGAAAGUCUAUUGAAGCUUGUCUCCAUUGCGGGCGUUUGCAAACCCCUCGAGGCAAUAUUUGACAUCGAUGCCGCUACAGCACCCGAGGACAAGGAUUAUUCGUUCUCAAGAGAAGGAUGGCAAGCCGAUGAGGCAAACUUCAAACGGGGCGCAGUCUGGCAAGACCGCCUCUACAAACACAACCAAGCAUCAAUCGACAACGUACUUUCCUCACAACGAGAUUUUGACUGGGUUAGCAAGAACAUCACCUACGGCCUGUACUUGUCAGACCACUCGAUUCUCGAUGACGUGGACACAGAGUUGGUGGUGUUAGGAGGCAUCAUGAUUCAGAAUCUGCCGCGCGAAACAGGUUGGCAUUUGCGAGGUACCCGGAGAAUCGGCGUGAGCAAAGAAGAUGUGGAGACAAUCCAGCAAUGUAUUGAGCUAGUGGGAGACUUCUGUUCUGUUCCACUCCACAAAGUUCCCCGGGUUGCUGAUAUCGAGCACGAAGUCUGAGAAUGUAAAGUUUAUGUUUAGUGUGUGCAUCCGAUGCCGCCAUCUCGAUGGCUAGAAAGGUUGUUCAACUAUGUGGGGAUAGAUAGAUUCCGGUUCCCGGAAGGGAGUGCGGCUUUAGAUGCACGGCCUUGUUAGCAUUGCAAUUGUUCGAAGAGCCUUAAGCUAGUGACAAACUUCUCGAUCGUGUCUUCAGAACUACGAUAGCGUGGCCUUCUCCGUUCCCCACGAUCGCAUCUCCACAAUCUAAAUACAUACCUCGGACUGUCUUAAUU